GCGAUAUAUUCACCAAUGAAUGUCAAUGCUUUUUUCAUCGGAUCCAUCGUCCUUAUAGUCUUGAAAAUGGAACUGUCCACAGUAAUAAUCCUUUUUCUUGUAGGAUUUGGAAAUCUUCACGUUUCUUUUGCUCCUGAACAUGCUCUGGAAAAUUUGGAUAUGAUAUCUGGCUUCUUGCUAUAUCUGGAUGAAGGUGGACCUAAAGUUCAGUGUUUCAUUACUAUAGUGAGAAGGGAUGGUUGGUUUUUGGGCGCAGGGACAUGUCUUUACGACGAAUGGGGUAAUUUCUUGGGUGCUCCACAAUCUUAUUUAAUCAAAACGCAAUUCGUGACUGCAGCAGUGGUGCAAAUAUAUUUACACCCAAAUUUUUGGGCUUCAAAUACACAGAACAAUGUGGCGAUGUUCAAGUCAAAUUUAACGGAAAAUGACUAUGAAGAUAUAUUUCGGUUAAUUCCAGUUAUUCCUGAGCACGAAGUAGAGCCGAAUGAUACUUUCAUUUUUACAAAAAAUGUUGAUACCCAGGCAUUUCCCUCCAUUUUUGAAGCUGAUAUCGUUGAUCGAGAUCGAUUUUGUUACCGUCAAAUGUUCCCGCUUGCUAUGCGUUUGCGAUAUGAUAAUCUAUGCGUGACCGUUCCGGAGUUUGGAGUACAUUUGCAUCAAGAGAGAUAUUAUGCUGGAGCCCCGCUUAUCUCCCACGGUUAUAGGUAUUUAUACGAGUUGUACGCUAUAUUGUCCUUCAAUUAUCGAUGUCGAAACAUGGUGCGGACCGCCAUAUUUACAAGACUAUCAUUUCACAAGGAAUUCAUUGAGGAUCCAGAAAAAUACAUAUUGGAUGUCGUGGCUGAUUUCAAUAGACGACACUUUGGCCAAAAUAACACCGGUACACCAAGACCUGGCGCAACUCUCAUCCGAAAAUCAUAUUUGUGUGUGAAUUUAUAUUUCCUAAUUGCAUUUGCUUUUUUCUGAAAGGGAAUAUCUAAACGUGUAUUUUCUAUAAUACCAAAUAUAUUGAUCUUAGGGUGCCUUGUCGCCCAACUGUUUAUUUGCACGUUGCUCAGAAAGGUAGCCACCGUAAUUGUCCCAGUCCUUGAUAAAAAUUAAAUUA